AUGGACUACGAUAGCUACGACGCCGUCUUGCACUGGCUGUUCCGCGCAACGCAAGGGGACGCAUGGUUCAAGCCCUCCGAAGAGAACGUCUCGGCCGGCGUUUGCCUUCGCGUUCAGCCUGGACAAUUUCGCAUCUUCCCCUACGAGAAUCGCUACCUCGUCCCCUUCGAAGCCGCCGUCCGUGUCCUCAACCCCCUCGUAGCCAUCAAGGUUCGGAGCGCAGCCGUUCAUGCAGCGCUGGCCACCGUCGCGGACGACGUCAGCGCCAUCUACGUCGAUCACAACACGCGGAUCCAGAUCCUCGACACGAUGUCGCAUCUCCCGCGUGCUGACAAGGAGCAAUGCGGCGCGUUUAUCCGCGACGAGAAGGUCCUCAUCGUCUGGUCCGACGACCUCGACAGCAUCGUCACCACCUGCAACGACUUCGACGAGAAGCUCAUGAAGCUCGUCUGGCGGUCGCGGCCCAAGCUCACGCCCGCAACGACCGCGACCUCUCUGGCUCGUCCCUCCGAGCCCUCGUCGUCCGAGGGUCUCGACGAGAAGGCCGCCGGGUCGGCGGACGACGCCGCGGCGGCGAUGCUCGCGGAGAAGAGCAAGCCGUCCAAGAGGUUCAAGUGGAGCUUUGGGUGGAAGCUGUCGGCGAAGGCGCCCGAUGCUGCGCCUGGGGACGUUGAGAAGGGCGAGGCGUCGAAGGAAGCCCGGCCUAUUCGACUUUUUGCGCCAAUUUACAAUGGGACUGGCGUGGGCUUAUCGAUUUUCUUCAUCGCGAGCGGAUUGUCCGUCCUACUGCAGGAGUUCCGCCUCGAUAACGAUUACACACGAUUUGCGCUGAUGGCCACCACCCCCUUCUUGUUCUGCGUGUCUAUCUUCUUCUCGCUCCAGGUCAUCGCCGUCAUAUCUUACCUCGUCGGUCCCGUCGCCCAAUUCCACGAAAACUCACGCUACUACUCUGCCAUCGCACCGAAGCCCAAUUCCGAGCUCGACCACAGCCUGCCGCACAUCACGAUUCAGAUGCCCGUCUACAAGGAGAGCCUGGAGGAGACCAUCGCACCUUCGGUCUUCUCCCUCAAGAAGGCGAUGCAGACGUACGCGCGCCAGGGCGGCACCUCCGCCAUCUUCAUCAAUGACGACGGCAUGCAGCUCCUCAGUCCGGAGGAGCGCGAAAAGCGCACGGCGUUCUACGCGAAUCACAACAUCGGCUGGGUUGCGCGGCCUCCGCACUCUAACGAGCCGGAUGGCUUCAAGCGCGCGGGAAGGUUCAAAAAGGCGUCGAACAUGAACUACGGACUGGCGUUGGCGCAGUGUAUGGAGAAGCAUCUCCUAGCACUCGAGGCCGCGGGGGUACGCGAGGACCCGAACGACAAGUCCUUCGAGGAACAAGCCCUCGAGGCCGCGAUUGAAGAGAAGUACGAAGAGACCGGCAAGCUCUGGAAGCCGUGGGCCACGAAUGCGAAGUCCAUCCGCAUCGGAGAAUACAUCCUCAUCGUGGACUCGGAUACGAUUGUUCCAGAGGACUGUCUCCGCGACGCCGCCCGCGAGAUGACCGAGUGCCCUGAGGUCGCUAUCAUUCAGCAUGAGUCUGACGUCAUGCAAGUCGCGCACCACUACUUCGAGAACGGCAUCGCCCACUUCACCCGCCGCAUCAACAAGUGCAUCUCCAUGGCCUGCGCUAAUGGCGAGGUCGCGCCCUUCGUCGGACACAAUGCCUUCCUGCGCUGGUCUGCACUGCAGGACGCGGCCUUCGUGGACACGGCGGACGGGGUGAAGAAGAUUUGGAGCGAGACGAACGUGAGCGAGGACUUCGAUAUGGCGUUGAGGUUGCAGUUGAAGGGAUACAUCAUCCGCUGGGCAACGUACUCGGCGGGCGGGUUCAAGGAGGGUGUCUCAUUGACAGCCGAUGACGAGCUGAACCGGUGGCAGAAGUAUUCUUACGGUACGCCCUUCCUCCGAUGCAAUGAGCUCAUCUUCAACCCGCUCAUCCAAUGGUGGCGCCUCGGUCCCAUCAACAAGCAGCUGCGCGUCUUCCUGUGGUCUGCGGCGCCCGUACACUACAAGAUAUCCAUGAUGGCUUACAUGUUCUCGUACUACGGCAUCGCAGCCUCUGCCCUCUUGUCCAUCCUCAACUACCUCCUCCUCGGCUUUGCCCUGGAGGUCGAUGGGUUCUACCUGCACUCAUUUGAGAUCUGGCUUGCCUGCACUGUUGUGUUCCCCUUGGCCGGCAACGUUGGUUUCACCCUCCUCGAGUACCGUCUCGGACAGCGCUCGCUGCUCUCCUCGUUCACGGAGAAUGUUACUUGGAUCCCAUUCUUCUUCUUCUUCUUCGGGGGUUUGAGCAUCCAUCUGUCCACAGCGCUGCUGUCGCACAUGUUCUCGUACAACAUGACAUGGGGAGCGACGAAGAAAGAGGUCGAGCGGUCUAAUUUCUGGAUUGAGGUCCCCCGCAUCUGGAAGCGCUUUUGGCUGGCCUUCGUCAUCUCCGGGAUCAUGGUCGUCCUGAUGAUCGUCCUCACCUUGCCAAUCGUACCUCCCGAGUGGCAGAUCCCUGGCUACGCAUGGGCGCUGAUUGUUCCGAUGGCCAUCGUCAGCGGGUGUCACAUCCUCUACCCCAUCGUCCUGAACCCUUGGCUGAUGAUAUUCUCAUACUGA